CAGACCAGGCCGUCUCUGGGCUGCGUCGCCGGACUCCAGCUGCAGCGCCCACGGAGACUCCAGCGGUCGCGGAUCCAGAGCCAGUGAGCAGGAGCCUCCCUCUGUACUCUCGCGAGAACAGGUCCCGGGACUCUCCGCGAGCCGAGAGUCACCCAAUAUGGAACCUGCUCGCGGGAGGGGUUUCGUGAUGUGAGAGUACGGGAGGAGGAGCAGCUCUCGCGACAAGACAGCAACAGCUGGAGGCCAGAAGCAGGAACUUCCAAGGACUGAUGCCCUUAAGGGCGCGUAGGCAGACUCGCCAAGGAAGAGACUAGCGGGCAACACAUGCCUCGUGCGCCCCACCGUGGUGGGCUGGGGCAACGCCUGGCUCUGGUGCUAGAAAGCGACGAUGACAAAUGGGGCAUCGGGAAAAGGGCCCAAGAUCUUUGAACUCAGUAUAGGCACCGGCAGCCAAACACCUGCUCAGGGAAAUUCUCAAUUUCCAAGAAAUAACUUGCAUAUAAAAAGAAAAAGGUUCCAGCCAGAAAGCCGCUGCCUUCGCAUCUGCUCAGGGACAUACGGCUUCUUCUUAGGGAUUCUGACGAAGUCUGUCACAAAAGCAAAUAUUAGCCCUAAAGUGAGAUUUUUUCCAGCGAAGCUCUCCUAGUAAUUCUCAAACUUUUAUGUACAGAAGAAUCAACCUGGGAGUUUGUUUUAAAACACAGCUUCCCAGGGCGCGCUGCAGUCUAAUUAGAUAAGUCCGAGAUGGGCACUGCAUUUUUAGCAUAGAUGCCAGGCGGUGCUGAUUUAGGGAAAUCUUGGCUAUCUCCCUUCGAGAAGUUUCCUUACGUCUCUCUUCUGACCUAACCGGUAACCGGAAGACUUGUGAAUUGAUGCGCAGUGCAGAUCACGAGCCCUGGCACCAAGUAGGCCUGCAAUCAAAAGUGUAAAACCUCGAAGCCAGUGGGGGCCUGGAUGGCACAGAAAUAAUGCAACCAGAGAGGAGUACCCAGACUUUUAAUUCUAAAUAUCGGCAAAAUUCUUUCACAUACGAUGUUAAGCGAGAGGUGUACAAUGAGGAGAACUUUCAACAGGAACACAGAAAGAAGGCUGCUUCCUCAGGGAACUUGGACAUCAACAUCACCACCUUCAGACAUCAUGUCCAGUGCCGGUACCACAAAAGAGUGGUUAAGAGCAAGACUACUAACCAGCCAUACUACUUGGGCUUGAAUUCCAAUUCCACAGCUUCCCAGCUGUGUGACCUUGGCUGCUCAUGGCACAAAUUCAUAAGAUGCAUGCUUACCAUCUUUCCCUUCCUAGAGUGGGUAUGUUUGUAUCGAUUCAAGGAUUGGCUUCUUGGAGACUUAAUUGCUGGUAUAAGUGUUGGCCUUGUGCAAGUUCCCCAAGGCCUGAUGUUUAGUUUGCUGGCAAGGCAACUGAUUCCUCCUCUCAAUAUCUCUUAUGCAGCUUUCUGUUCUUCAGUAAUUUAUGUAAUUUUUGGAUCAUGUCAUCAAAUGUCUAUUGGUUCCUUCUUCCUUGUGAGUGCUCUGAUGAUCAAUGUCCUGAAAUUGAACCCAUUCAACAGUGGCCACCUGGUAUUGGGAACUUUCCUCAAGGAUGACUUUUCUCAGCCCUCCUUCCUUACGGCUUAUAAUAGAUCUUUGAGUGUGGUGGCAUCCACAACUUUUCUGGCUGGGAUUAUUCAGCUAUCAAUGGGCGUGUUAGGUUUUGGUUUCAUUGCUACUUACCUUCCGGAGUCUGUCAUCAAUGCUUACCUGGCUGCCACGGCACUACACAUCAUGCUGUCCCAGCUGACUUGCAUCCUCGGGAUUGUGAUUAGUUUCCACGCUGGUCCAGUCGCCUUCUUUUAUAACAUAAUUAACUACUGUCUAUCUCUACCAAAAGCUAAUUCCACCAGCAUCCUACUAUUUCUAACUGCUGUAGUCGCUCUGAGAAUCAACAAAUGUAUCAAAAUUUCUUUUAAUCGGUAUCCCAUCGAGUUUCCCAUGGAAUUCCUACUGAUUGUUGGCUUUACUCUAAUUGCAAACAAGCUAAGCAUGGCUACAGAAACCAGCAAGACCCUCGUUGAAAUGAUUCCUUAUAGCUUCCUGUUUCCUGUAAUACCAGAUAUGGACAUUCUUUCCAAGGUUAUUUUACAAGCCAUCUCUUUAGCUUUAGUGAGCUCCUCUCUACUCGUAUUUCUAGGCAAGAAGAUUGCCGCUGUCCAUAACUACCGUGUCAAUUCAAACCAGGAUUUAAUAGCCAUUGGCCUUUGCAAUGUCAUCAGUUCAUUUUUCAGAUGUUGUGUGUUUACUGCUGCUAUUGCCAGGACUGUUAUCCAGGAUAAAUCUGGAGGAAGACAACAGUUUGCAUCUCUGGUAGGCGCAGGUGUGAUGCUGCUGCUGAUGGUGAAGGUGGGACACUUUUUCUACCAACUGCCAAAUGCUGUGCUGGCUGGUGUUAUUCUGAGCAAUGUCACUCCCUACCUUGGAACCAUCUCCAACCUACCUCAUCUGUGGAGGCAGGACCAGUAUGACUGUGUUAUAUGGUUAGUGACGUUCUCAUCUGCAAUUUUUCUGGGACUGGACUUCGGACUACUUCUUUCAGUAGCUUUUGCCUUCUUCAUCAUCGCAGUUAGGUCACACAGAGCUAAGAUUUACCUCCUGGGCCAGAUCCCGAACACGAACAUUUACAGGAGCAUCAGUGACUAUCGGGAGAUUACGAACAUCCCUGGGGUGAAAAUCUUCCAGUGCUGCAACUCCAUUACGUUUGUGAAUGUUUACCAACUGAAACGCAGGCUGUUAAAUGAAAUUGAUAUGAUAAGGGUGCGUCUCAAAGAAGAAGAAGUUUUUGGCCUGUUCACUCGCUGCGCUCAUAGUGGUCAUACCAGCCGAGAGGCUGAAAGGGGUUGUAGGUGUUACUGCAACUGUGAUGAACCGGAGCCACCACCCAGGAUUGCCUACACAGAACGAUUUGAACGUAAAUUGGGUCACUCCUCCUCCACCAUUCACUUAGUCAGCUGCGCACGCUUCGAGAGCGUGACCACGAACCAAUCUACAUCUGAUGAGCAAGUGCCAUACACAGUAUCUUCCACGUCUCAGCGGAAUCAAGGUCGAAACUUGGAGGAGGAGGAGAAAGUCUGGGUUCCUAAUAACCCCCUGAGAAACAGCUCACCACCACUGCCUGAUACUACUGAAAGUCAGGGGAGGAGUAGGUCACUCCUCCCUUACUCAGAUGUUUCUCUUCUGCCCACCACCCACACCAUCAUCCUGGAUUUCUCCAUGGUCCAUUUUGUGGAUUCACAGGCUUCAGUCAUAUUAAGACAGAUGUGCAAUGCUUUCCAAAAUGCCAACAUUUUGGUGCUCAUUGCAGGGUGUCACUCUUCUGUGAUCAGGGCAUUGGAGAGGAAUGAUUUCUUUGACACUGGUAUCACCAAGGCCCAGCUGUUCCUCACCCUCCAUGAUGCUGUGCUGUUUGCCUUAUCAAGGAAGAUACCAGAUUCCUCUGAGUUAAGCGUGGAUGAAUCUGAGACCGUGAUACAGGAAACCUUCUCAGAAAAGAAUGAAGAACCAGGGUAUCAUAUGAACAAUAGUAAUAUAGAAAUUCCGAAAAAUACAAAUCCAGGCUUCAGGGCUUUAAUCCGGGAGCCAGAAGUAGUCGAAGAGUCAGAGUUAGAGCCCACGCUUGAGUCGGAACAAGAGAAUGAGCUGGAUUUGGACCUAGACCUGGAUCUGGAGCUGGAGCCUGAGUCUGAACUGGAGCCAGAGCCUGAGAUAGAUCUAGAGCCAGAGCUGGAGACCGAGUCAGAGACCGAGCCAGUGCCCAAAUCCAGGCCAAGGGUUCAGACUCAUUCUCCACAGUACCGCCGGUCGCCGUAUCCCAGUUCCCAGCCUCAGACUCAGCCUUGGACACGGUCAGUGGAGAGGAGGCAUCAACAUAUGGAUUUACACUCAUCCAAGGGCAAUGAUACCAAGGAUCCCUGGGAGGAAGACUGGAUAUAAGGGGAUGGAUUCCCUUGGCAAAUCAUCCCACCCAAACGGGGGGUUGCUUGGUCAGGAGACCUGGGUUUGAUACAAAUUGACAGUACUUGCCUUGUGACUCCUCCAUCUGCUUGCUUCCUUCCACGCUCAGCACCGGGAUCACACUUUCAGAUCACAAUACUAAAUGCCAAGAAUUGUCUCUGAAUUCCCGAUCCAGGCUCACUUCGUUUCACCUUCAAUGGAUUCUUGUGAAGGUUUUCCUUCUUCACACACCCUACAUCUCUGGGGUUUUUGCAAGACCAUCUCUAACUUAUUCCUCUUAUCUCUUUCCCUCUUUCUCCAAAGAGAUAAGACUCAAAUAAAAUACAUAACUCUAGUUACAUUUGGGAAGACUUUGAAUCUUUCCUAUACCUUCUGCCUUCUCUUCCUUCUGUAUCAUCAAGGCUAUGUCAGGUGAGAGGGAUUCCAGAAAUGGGCAAAUAUGGUGAAGUGAUGAAUAAGACAAAGAAAAAGAUCAACACAAAAAAAAAUUAGUUGAGUUUCUAAACACCAGCAACAAUCUGAGAAGGAAAGAAAGCAAUCCCAAUUAUAAUAGCUUCUAAAAGAAUACAAUUUCUAGGAAUAAAUUCAACCAGAGAGGACAUGAAAGGGAGUUGAAAGACAUGUACACUAAAAACUACAAAAUAUUGCUGAAAGAAAUUAAAGAAGAUCAAGAUAAAUUGAAAGAGAUCCCAUGUUUAUAAAUUGGAAGGCUUAAUAUUGUUCAGGUGUUAAUAAUACCCAAAAUGAUAUACAGAUUUGAUGCAAACAUUAUCAAAAUUUCAGCAGCCUUCUUCACAGAAAUAAAGUUGAUCCUCAAAUUCAUAUGGAAUUUCAGGGGGCCCCAAAUAGACAAAAUCAUUUUGAAGAAAGAACCAAAUAGGAGGACUCACACUUCCAAAUUUCAAAACAUACUACCAAGCUACAAUAACCAAAACAGUGUGGUACUGGUGUAAGGAUAGACAUACAGGCCAGUGGAAUAGAAUGAGAAUCCAGAAAUAAACCCGUGCAUCUACAGGCAAUUGAUUUGGCCAAAGAGUGCCAAGUCCAUUCGAUAGGGAAAGAAUAGCCUCUUCAACAAAUAAAAAGAUGCUCAACAUCAUUAGUCGUUAGGUAAAUGCAAGUCAAAACCACAGUAAGAUAGCACAUCACACCCACUAGGAUGCCUAUUAUCAAAAAAUCAGAAAAUAACAAGUGAUAGGAUGUGAAGAAAUAGAAACCUGUUGACCCUGAUUGCUAUGCCAAACUGUUCAGCCAGGGUCCAGGGUCACCAAUAAAAGCAUGACUUACCCACAGGCAUUGGAUGGAACAAUGCUUUACUCACAUAAAAAGACCAAGAUCAGCUUCAAUAGCAGGCAUUGAUCCCCCUUGUCCAGUGGGUCACUCCUUGAAGUUGAUACAGGGCUCGUGGGCUGCACAUUCCCCUCUAAUGCUUAGUUGAAGGACUCCAUUCCCCCACCCCCCUGCUGGAAACAGAUACAAAAAUGGAGGUGACCAGGUGCCAUAUGACACAUAUGCAUGAGCAGAGCAGAGAGAAAAAGUUUACUAUGCACCUAAAACAGGAAGGGAGCCUCCCCAAUAAAAAAACUGGGAGACAGAGAGAGGCUCAGUUUUCAGCCUCCAUAUCAGGGAAUGCUCUGGGUCCGAGGCUUCUGAUUAGGCAGCCUGGGUAAGAGGCACAGGGACUGUGGCAGACUAUCCUCCAAACAGUCCACCCUCCUACUGUCACCAGGACAUCGGAAAAAAUGAAGUAAUGUAGUCACAAGUCCUGAUAUGCCCAUUGUCCGUUGUCAUGCUCUCCUCCAAGCUAAGACAGAAUUUCCUCCAAGUAUGAGUCAGGGACCUAGGAGGAAAUUGAAUUCAACUCAGAUGGUUUGAAUGAGCAGUUCAGUAAAGGAAAAAAUUAGUGUAAUGGGCAGGAUUAAGGGAGCAAAGGAUGCUGAGGCACCAGGGACUAGCUAUGGUGAAAAGCUAUUGCCAUCCAUAGGGACAAAGAAAGGAAAAAGUCACCUCAGCCCAGUGACAGAACUAUGGCAAGAGCAGUGGGCCUGGGGGACAUACCUACUACCCGAGAGGACACCUCUGAAGCAGAGAGGCAGAAGGUACACAAACUUCUUCCCAUCAGCCCUUUGAUCCCCUAUCCAGAGUCUUCUAGUGGUCAAACCCACCUGACUGAAUGUGAGCUGUCAAUGGAGACUGGGCAGUGCAGUCUAUAGGGGUCUACUGUUCUGGAGCAUAAAGAAUGGAUCUGCAGUAAGGAGGCCAGAGAACAGCCAGCUCACUCAGGAAACAAUGGAGGGGGGGAAUCACAGAAUACAAAGGGAAUAGCUGCAUAACACACGUAAGAGACUGGACAAAGUAUAGAAUCAACUUCAGUUUCCAGCCUGGCAUGUAAAAAGCUUAGAAGUUUUCACAGCUGUCCUCACAACAAGAGAGAAAAAGCCAAA